AUGCUGCUUGUGAACUUGGGUCUAACUUACCAUCGUGCUGCCACUUGCUUGGAGGCUGGCCGUCGGCAUUCUGCCGCGCUGGUCUUGGAGCGUGCCCCGUCGUGGCCUCGGGAAUGGCCGAUGGGUCCAUCGGGAAACACUGGUCCCAUGAUUCUACGUCGGUUUAUCGCACUGGCUGGAACCGCAGGCGCCGGGCCACGAGGGCGAUUGCAACAGGAGGCAGAGGCAGGAAUCGGAGACAUACUUGUCUAUCGCCUGGUGAUUUCCAAGGUGCAGCUAGCUAGCAGCCGGGCGGUUAACAUGGACGGUCUCCGGGGUGCUUUCAAAAGCAAGACUGGGCUCUUCGACAAGGCCCAGAAUCAUCCCAAGGCCGCUCAGGCGGAUGAUGUUGCAGGUCCGUCUGAAAAGAAGAGCAGGACCGAGAGAAACAAGGCCCCGCAGCAGGAUCAUGUUCCAAAAGAUCCGAGGAUCAGUGAGGCAGCCUUGCGCUACAAGCCGGAUGAUGUUCCGUUGGAGGAGUUCUUAGAAAUGCGGGAGAGGGCCAAGCAGCAGCUGCGGCAAUAUGAAGCCGCAGGCAUUCAGAUGGACACGUACAUCACGUCGAGCGGUGCUGUGUGGACUCGCGACAUCUUCAAAGAGCUGGA